CUCGAGCUUUCCACUCUCACUUCUCUGAACUCUCCAUGAUGGCAACAGAGCAAAGCUUCGCCCUCGAACUUAUACGCGAACACCUCUUCGGAGAUGCAGCCGCCUCCCUCGAAGACUUACUGAUUGGCCUCCCUACGCCGCCGCCGGCGACCACCCAUUCUUACGGCGAUCUCAACAUUUCCGACUACCUGGAGCAGACCGAGACCUACUACAACUGUCCGGUCCCCGUUCCCGCUGCCUCCUCCGUUCAAGCUCCCGUCCCCGCUCCCACUGCUGCCCCCGAACCGUACAUCGGCGGCUUCAGGUUCCGCGAACCGGCGCAAACAAUGAUCCGAUUCGGCGGCGACCGGGCCGAUAUCGGCCUCACGCUCAACAUCCCCCACGCCGCCGCUCCAAAAGUGGAAUGGAUCGACGGCUCCGACGGCGAUCUCCGGCCGCCGGAGCUAUUCGAUUUCCAUCGGUACCGCGGCGUGCGGCAGCGGCCAUGGGGGAAGUUCGCGGCGGAGAUCCGCGAUCCCAAGCGCAGGGGAUCUAGGGUUUGGCUCGGGACUUUUGAUACCGCCGUGGAGGCCGCGCGGGCUUACGAUCGUGCCGCGUUCCAGAUGCGCGGCAGCAAGGCGAUUCUUAACUUUCCCAAUGAGGUCGGAAGCUCGGCCGACUGGGUUCGGCCGGCGAUGGCGGUUGAGAAGCGGGCAAGGGAGGAAGAGGGGGAGGCGGCAAGGGAGGUGAAAAGGAAGAGAGAGGAGGAGUCGAAGAGUAGUAUUACGUCGGAAGGCCCGCUGACCCCGUCGACAUGGUCAGCUGUAUGGGAGGGGGCGGACGUUAAGGGGCUCUUCAACUUGCCGCCGCUCUCGCCGUUAUCUCCCCAUCCGUCGCUUGGAUUCCCGCAGCUGCUGGUCAUUUGAAUUUUGAAGAAAUUAGGGCGCCGGUAAGGUAGGAGGGAAACAGUGAAGCAGAACAAUAAUUCACCCAAAAAAAAGUGAGUAAUCUUACUGUUAAAUAUAUGUAAAAUUGUAAACUGCGUGUGAGAUUUCGACGAUGAGUUUUUGUGUGUUCUUUAACAUGUUCAUAGGUUUUGGUUCUAAUUGUAAAAUUAAAAUUAUUGUUCUUUGGAAACUAUUGAAGAGAAUUUUGU